GAUCACGAUCGUGACCGCGCUCAGACAGUCUUUUGGCGUCGUCGCUGUUCGACCGAUGAGAAAGCACACGCGCGAGACUGUAAUUCGACGACGGACGUUACACGGCUCGAAGGCACUCGUGAUUAAGUGCAGUAUUUUCAUCAAUCAAUCGGAGGAUCCUUUCGUCGCAAAGUGAAGCCUUCAUUUUUCCUCAGAUUCUAUUGACCAGAAGAUUUCAUUCCAAAGAUUGUUCUACGGUAAUUAUUCGAGUGUGGUGAAGCUUAGAAUUGCUCGUGUUCUUUCAGUACUCACGAAGUACAACCAAGUGGAACGUAACUUAAGUUCAAAUGUGCUUGUUUUUGUUUUCUAUUCGUUCAACUUCGAGGACAACAUGAGCUACCCUAGCGCGCGCGAAGUUCGAUUAUUCAUGUGAAAACCUUAAGGUGCUAGAGUUUACUAGUUGAUGCAAUUCGAACGCAGUGUUCUACCUAGAGCGAGUUUUUAGAUAAAGAUUUUGUGCCUAUAAGCAGAUCAAUGUAAAGUGCCCUGAGAAACAAAGAAAGUGCUCUGCGAUGCCAACAACCGGGUAGUUAAUGGUGCAUAUGCUUUGAAGGGGGAUAACAUGAGUGAAACAACGCCGACGACGCAAGCAGCUACCGGCCGGAUUGGUGGUAGAAUGUUGGACGCAGCUCGAAAGAAAAGAAAUGGGACGAUGUCCGUGUGGAGCACUAGUACCGCCGGAAUUGAUACAGUGCUUGCUACCACCUUGGGUGCCACCAUUAACCCGAAAACAUUCGGUGCCAACCACUUGCCCAGUGCUGCUGCCGCAGCUGCCGGUUUGAUUGUAACCCAAUCUCCUAACGGCGUUGGUGCCACCGGACAAACGACCUACCAUCAUCAUCAUUUCAGCACAAGUAACCCCGCCGCAAACGGUCUCAAUCACAGCCACCAGCAUCUGGUCGCCACAAGCGGCCAUCCGGGAGGGAACGGAGCAAACGGCGGUCCGUUCAGUAGUCACAGUACCAGUAGCAACAGCAACCACAGUCAUUCCCCACCGAUUCACGCAGGAUCGUUACACAAUUCCGUCGCCUGGAACCGAACCAGUAUUUGCAGCGCACACAAGAGACGAUCGGGCCUUAGCACAAUGUCGCAAUCAGGAGAUGAAUUCAGUUCACCAAAUUACCUGUCCUGGCGCAAACUGCAGCUAAGUAGGGCCAAACUGAAGGCUUCCAGUAAAACAUCGGCACUGCUGUCUGGUUUUGCAAUGGUGGCAAUGGUCGAGGUCCAACUGAACGAAGACACGAAAGUACCGCCGAGUAUGCUCAUCAUGUUCGCCGUCUGCACCACCCUGCUGGUGGCCGUGCACAUGCUAGCCCUCAUGAUCAGCACCUGCAUCCUGCCGAACAUCGAAACCGUGUGCAAUCUGCACAGCAUCUCGCUGGUCAACGAAUCGCCCCACGAGCGGCUCCACUGGUACAUCGAAACGGCAUGGGCCUUCUCGACCCUGCUCGGGUUGAUUCUGUUCUUGCUCGAGAUCGCAAUCCUUUGCUGGGUGAAGUUCUACGACGUGAACACAACGGCGGCGUGGUCCGCCUGUAUCGUCCUCAUCCCCGUGUUGGUGAUCUUCGUAGCUUUUGCGCUACAUUUCUACCGAUCGCUGGUGACCCACCGGUACGAGGUGACUGUGUCCGGCAUUCGGGAGCUCGAAAUGCUCAAGGAACAAAUGGAACAGGACCAUUUGGAUUCCCAUCACCACCACGGACCCCCGUAUCAGUCCGUGCAAAUUGUUUGAUUGCGAGUGCACGCGAAUGAUGAUUCUGGGACGCGGGCACAAGGCUUGUGAAUCUGUGAUGUCUACAAUUUACAUUUUUCCACUACUUAGUUGAAACCCGUUCUGCUGUCGAGACACUCUAUACUAUUACACAAGAACGUAAUGUCUUAAUUUUGUUUGCAAUUUGAGCUGAGUUUACGAACCUGCGUUAUGUUUGCGCUGACCAUCGAUAACAAUAUCUCUGAACGAAAAUUCUUCCUCGUAAAUUGUGAUCAAGCGCUUAUUUAAAAGAAAACGAAAGACAUACCCUAGCUAAGAUCUAGACCAGUGCAGGUUUGUUUCAACUGAUUUUUCCCUGCGGAAGUGAGAAAUCAUGUAUGUUAUUUUUUGUUAGUUUGAAACUUAUGAUUAUAAUGUUUUAAGGAAUCUUGAUAGAAUCUUAAACGAUUCUACUAAGUAAAUUGUAGCAUUGAUUUGUAAAUUACAUUUCCUCUUACUACACUGAGAACUUAGAGUAAAACUAAUUGAAAGUUGAAAUAAAAAUUCAUUUAGAAUUUGGUA